CAUGGUUACCCACCUCAACAGAAGGAACUCUGCGUCCAAAACAAGCCGCCAGCCAUGCAGCAUGGCCUCUGGAAGUUCCAGGUUCCGAAGAUCAAAGGGGAGCGCUGGCGCCACCGUCGCGGGCACGGUCUUGGCUUCAAAGCCCACAGACGCUGGCUGGGUUGUGAUCUGUGGCGAAGAUGUGGAGAACGCAGCAGUGCUGGAACAGCACCGCUUCGGCCUGCAAAUGGCCUUGCUGGGCCAAGGGACUCCCGAGGGCUUCGUCGACCACGAGUUCCCUGCGCAGGCCAAGAGCAUCGACGGUCUAGAGGGUCCACCCGUCCGAAAAGGCCAGGAAGCACUCAUGGAACUCCUGACCGAUCUUCGACCCGAAGAGGACGAGGAGGAGGAGCUGGUCACCGCGCCGCGGUGUUUUUGCGGUCGACGUGGUCGGCAAGGCCGGGUGCAGCUGAACGGGAUGGUGGCCAAGCGGCCAUACUUCCGCUGUGGCAUGCGCAGUUGCCGCUUCUUGAGCUUCGGUGACUUGGCCUCCUCGCCCGAGGCACAGGCCAUCGCCUGGACACGCUUGCGGGUGGGCGGACUCGUCGGUGCCAAGGCCUCGCUGGUGGUGGUGGGUCGUGAUGGAUUCCGGCCAGAAGAUGCCCGACAUGGGUCCCACUCCGAGUGAGACCUGUGGCUGCCAUGAGGUGAGGCUUUGUAUCGCUGGUCUCUGGCGCUCGUUUCUCAUCGACGAACGUUUUCCCAUGACACGCGAGUCAGAGACUCCCAAGAAUCCACAUGAGUCUCUUGCCUUUGGGCGAUGUGCAGGAAACCAGCUUUGGAUCCCCUUGUUAGAGAAGGCCUACGCCAAGGCACAUAGCUCCUAUCAAUUCGCAUUUCCAGGUAGUUCGCUGGAGGUCUUCUUGGAAGAGCUCACAGGGGCUGUGGUGGAAGAAGUUCGCUUGGGGCCAACAAGCUGCGGCAGAGGGAAGUCAAUGAACGCAGAUGAGCUUUUGAGUUUGCUUCAAGCCUCAGAUGGGGCUUUAAUAGCAUGCAAAGCGAGGUGCCUUCCUGCUUCAGUGUCCUCAGUCUUCGCCAUGUUGGAGCUCGCCGGAAGGCGCAUUCGUUUGAGGAAUCCGCGUGUUGCAAGUAUCUCGGGUGCCUACGAGACGGCGUUGGCGAUGUUGAAAGGAACGCCUGCUGAGGCAUCGACAUAUGCAGAUGGUUCCUUCUGGGUGAACUUCGAAGAUUUCUUGCCGAGCUUCUCCCAUGCUUACAUUUGUCACGCAGCUUCAACUGGCGGUUCCCUGCAGCACACCCGAACGGUUGAGGGUGACUUUGCAAGUGGAUUAGAUGGCUUGGGCACUCGUGGCUGUGCUGUUUCGGUUGUGGCACAGGCCUCAUGCCAGCUGUGGAUUUCGUGUAUCCAACCGCUUCCAAAGGCUGCACGAUUGCUUCAGCCUGUGAUGGGUCAUGUCUUGAAUGACCUUGGCAUUGUUGUCCUGCAAAGCACUGGCCAAGCGCGAGCAAUUUGCUUUGGUGGUGCAACUGCUAGUCUCAGAUGUCAUAUUUCUUUGGUCGCUGGUGAAGAGGCCUCUAUUUUCCCAGUCAGUUUUCGAGCCUGGCCCGGCGCAGUGCGUUUGCGGCUGCAGUCUUCUGAGCCCAUAUCGAUGAAGUUGGAGGCGCCUUCCAAGGCCGACGGCUUGUGGGGUUGUUUGUGGGGCCUGGCACGUGAGGGGCACGAGUUGGGGUUGAGCUGCCUGCGGAGCGUGCGGAGCGUGCCAGUGAGAGCGCACGAUGGCACUGUCAUUGCAUCGACGGAGCUGCUGAUUCUACAGAUGGACGGAGCUGCGUUCUUGAUUCUGGAGAACCCAGAUGCUACGGAGACCUUCCUUUUCGAUGGAACCAUUGAAGGCAAUUUUGUCGUCACACACACAGCUAGAGGUGCUCAAUUAGGUGAGUGGUGCGAAGACAAGAAUGAUGACAACUUUACGCUUGGGGUGCGAAGUCAUUGGCGCCGGUACAAGGUGGAAGAUAUUGUCCCUCCAUCCUGCCGGCAGUUGGUUUCCUUUCAUUUUGCUGUGGGGAAAGAGUGGGAUGUCAAGGUUUUGUUUGCACAGGCCACGCUGGCAGACAAUAGCAUGAUUGGACAUCGUCCCAAAAACCAUCCUUUCAGUCCUCAUGCGAUUCUGAGUUCCUCAUGCGAUUCUGAGCUCCAAGGCUCUGAAGCUCAGCAUGCCCUGCCAGUGGCCUUGGAGUUGUUGGACUCGGAGGAUCAAGAGCUUCAGCUUGCACUCGCUCUGUCGCUCAGCGAUCAACCGGGGAAAGCGGCGACGGAGAUGGCGACGGGACCUACGGGACCUCGGCGUUGGGGACGCGGCAAGGAGAAGUCAGAGAGGUGCUCUGAGAGGUCUCCUUGCCCUGUUUGCUUGGAGCCGAUGAUGGUGAAGGCACUCGUGCCCUGUUGCGAGGUGUGUGUCUCGUGUGCUUCACUUUGGGCACAAGAGCAGGAGUCACAAGGCUUGGCCGCGGAUGAGAUCUCGUGCCCGUUGUGUGCCAAAUGCCUGCCUCACACUUCAAUGUCAGCUUUGCUUGGAAAGGAAGCACUGGCCAGAGCACAAGACAGGAUCUCCCAAAGGAAGCUGCAGGCUUUGCAGUCCCAGAAAUCCAUUUUGCCGAGCAGCACCUUGAUUCGUCUUGGUCUCAAGCAAUGCCCUGGCUGUGGAGAAGGAAUGCAGAAAGAGUCGGAGACGUGUCACAAGAUGAUUUGUCGCACCUGUCGAGCACGCUUUUGUUUUCGAUGCCUUUCCCGGCUGGAAUAUUUUAACUGUGGAUGCACGGGAGCAGAGCACAACUUUGUAGACCCACACAAUGGACGCAUCUUAGCUCAUCAGUAGUUCUGCGAUGAAGAUCGUCGCUCAAAA